CGGACUAAACCAAAACAAUCUCAAGCCUCAAGCGUCUUGAAUGGAAUAUUAUUAGAUAAAUUUAUUAAGGUCCUAAAGAUUAUAAAUAAUGUCUGAUGAAGAGGAUGAUUACAUGUCUGAAGCGAUUCUUAAUGCAUGUGCGAAAAACGAUGUACGGCCAGGUCUAACUUUCAAGCAUUCAGCCCAAAGGAAUCAAGAGCUGGAGAAGAGAAAAUCGGAAAAGGAUUUUGAGAACCGUCUGCGCAAUCCAAAAAGAGGUCGACUUGAGGCAGAACGACGGGAAGAGGGCCUUGAAAAACCCAUCGGCGAGGAGAAUAAAGGAUUUGCACUCCUGCAGAAAAUGGGAUACAAGCCAGGAACUUCAAUUGGGAAAAGUAGUUCAAGUGGCAGAACUGAACCAGUGCCAGUUGUCCUGAAGACAGAUCGACAAGGUCUUGGCCGGGAGGCUGCGCUAAGGGAAGUUGAGAAACGAAAAAUCAAAAUCAAGGCUAAUAGAUUAGAUAAACUGUCUGACUACCGAAGCCAGUUGAGCUCAAAGUUUUCCUCCAAAGCGGCGCUUAAGGACCUCCGACUCAGUCAAAUCACAUGCGAGAAUCUGGACUUGAAAAAUAGCAUCGAAAGUCCCCCAUAUCCUUGGUUUUGGAGAGAGAAGAUAAAGGAAAAUGCAGAAGAUGUAGAAACCGAGGAGAAAGAUUUGGAAGAAGAGGAAAAGGAGGAGGAGGAGGAAGAAGAACAAUUAGAGCCAGAAGAGCAGCUGGAAAUGUUGACGCUAUAUUUAAGAAGAACAUAUUUUUACUGCAUAUGGUGUGGCACGCAAUUUGAAGAUGAAAAUGAUCUCAAUCAAGAAUGCCCUGGAAGUACAAGAAAUGAUCAUUGAAUUUGGUUUUCAAAUAAACUCGUUUUCCAAGAA